AUGGACGCCGACCGACACACGCCGUCUACGGACCAGGCGACUGUGCGUCAAUGGGAACCGCCAGCCAUCCAAUCAGCCAUUGGAGGGGAAGCAGCAGAUGUCUCGUUCUCACUCGCGGAGGAAAACGAAGAACAGAAUUCUUCCACGACUGAGAAAUUAGCAGUGGGUUGCCUGUUGUACCCACCGGAUGUGAAGUUCUAUCCUGUAGCUGAUCCGCUUCUCCAAAUUAGUGUCAUCGAUGCCGCCAGCGCAAGUGAUUCCAAGUUGGAUGCAAUAUCGAGAAAAAUUGACGAGCUCAGCCAGAGGAUGAGCCAGAUGACUCACGGGCCGAUGAAGAAGGCAGCCUCUGAAUCUCUCGACUUUGCACAAAACCCUAUCGACAUCAACCAACAGGAGCCCAGCUCGUCCUCGUCGUUCGGGCCAACACCAUAUUGCUCCUUACUCGGGGCCACGCCAGACCAAUGGUCUCUGUCUGAUCAUCCUACCAGCGAGGAUGUCCGUGAAGCGCACGAUCACUCCUCCAAAGCGGAGUACGAAGGCGAAUCGUCGCUGUUCGCUCACGCUGUCUUUGCAAGUCGUUUCCUGCAGAACGCCAUCCACAACACGACCAACGCGGAGGUCGCGCACGAGAUGGGAGCCGUGUUGGAUGGCCUCCAGGCUGCGGUGCAUUCGGGGAAACAACGGUCUGACCCGCUCCAUAGGCUUUAUCCUCUUGCCAAGGCGAUUCCGCCUAGCUCGACAACUCGCAACCUCCCUUUGCCGCCGGUUGAGAAGGUAUUCAUGUGCUUGCGAAUGGCCCGGGAGUGCCCGCAGGUAGCCACGCUAUGGCUGGGGGGAUUUAUCCAGCCCUCCCAGUUCAAUGACUACUUCUUCAAAGUCGCAUCGCCGGGUCCUGCCACCGAAGCCGACUUGAUAAUCGUUCAUUACGGUCUGCAUAGGCUAUUCUGCGAAUGCUCCAAAGUUGUCGACGGAGAAACGAAGCAAGACUACUACGCUCAGGCUGUCAUAUGCGAGGCCAAUCUUGAGACCGUCCUUGCCAAUCUUCGCUUCCAUCAGCCAACCAACAUGGAUUUCGCAUACGCGAUGGCUAUGGCGUCGAUUUAUUGCCUUGAGAAGAACAAGCCAUCUGCCGCUUGGCAUUUUAUCAAUUCAGCCUCCCACAUGAUCCAAGCUCUGGGCCUGCAACACAACGUGCCUGCCGGCACAGACCAUUCCGGAGUUAAGGCUCAGAAGAGGUCCUUGUUCUGGACCGUUUACAUAACUGAGAAGAUGCUGUCGCUACGCCUUGGACGCUCAUCGACCUUCCGAGAUCAGGACAUCACUUUGGCCCGCCCUGGGAGGCAGCGUGGUCCCAGCGGUUCGUUCUUGGCCGAACUAGCCCCCGGUUGGAUCAAAAUAGCCAGUAUCCAGGGUCGAAUCUACGACGACAUCUACAGCCCCGGCGCCCUUAUGCAACCACUGCAUAUUCGGACGUCUCGUGCCCGGGCGUUAGCAGCAGAGCUGAAAGCGGCCAUGCAACAUGCGCAAGAUUUUCACGACCAUUAUGAAGCGAGCAAUGGGCAAGUGCUGGGACAAGAUUUCCACGAAAUAGCACGACGGUCCGAUCGCGUCAUCGGCUUGUCCAUGCUGACGCUCAUCUAUCGAAGCAUUGCGCCGGAGAAGCCAUCUACGUCCGCAUUCUGUCAAGAAUGCAUCGAUGCCGCCCGAGAGACGCUCCGGGAACACGACCGAUGCGUCGAGGUGAUUAACAAGGCGCAAGGGAAGACGGUGUUCCUCGAAGCAUACAUAAAUUGGACUAUGACUCAGAGUCUAUUUGUUCCCUAUAUCAUCCUAUUCUGCCACACCAUCGAGAUAUCCGAGGCCUCCGACCUAGCCCACAUGAAAAGUCUUGUCGAGACGCUCGAGUCUACAUCGAGCGUCGGCGCACAGAGCACAUGCGACAGGCAACGGCGCCUCUUCAAAGCGUUAUAUGACGUUGCAGCCACAUACGUCGAAGUCAAAUCCCGGGCGGAUGGUGCGCAAACGGGGAUAUCGUGGUCGAUGGCUGCUGAGCAGCCCUAUGCCUGUGAGUCCUUCACCAACACGACCUCGACAGGUCUCGGGCUCGGUUCCUUUAUGGGAGACCCCGGCAUGGCGACCAGCACUUCCGGUGUCUCUCCAGGUCAUACGGCGUUGUCCCACCCAGCCUUGGAGGACAUGGACAUGGAGAUAGAUCUCGCGGGAGCGCAGCUGUGGGACUGGUUCAACAAAAACCAGUUGAUCAUGAAGAUGCUGGAAGAUACAUAG